UAGCACUUCGGUUGUCUCAGCGCUAGCCUUGUGUCAUCGGAUUCCUCAGCUGAGAUGGCAGGCGUUCGAGCAGUGGGCAUUCUCUCCAGGUUUGCGACCAGCAAAUAUUCCUGUUUUUCAGGUCAUGGAGGCAGAGGCCUGUCGUCAUCAGCAGCUAUGCUGGCCCGCACCCAUGUCAGCUAUGAGGUUAAAGGUGAUGUGGCUGUCGUCCGGAUAAAUGACCCAAACUCUAAGGUAAACACCCUGUCCAAACAGAUGCAGGCUGAGAUGACGGAGGUGAUGGGGGAGAUCUGGGGGAACUCGGCGGUAAAGAGCGCCGUGCUCAUCUCCUCCAAACCCGGCUGCUUCAUCGCCGGGGCCGACAUCAACAUGAUCCAGGCGUGUAACAGUGCAGAGGAGGUGACCACACUCUCUCAGGAGGGCCAGAAGAUGUUUGACAGGAUCGAGAAGUCACCCAUCCCCGUUGUGGCAGCUAUCAAUGGUUCAUGUCUGGGUGGUGGCUUGGAGUUUGCGCUUGCCUGCCAGUACCGUGUGGCCACCAAGAGUAAGAAGACCAUCCUGGGCACUCCUGAGGUGAUGCUGGGUCUGCUGCCCGGAGCCGGAGGCACCCAGAGGCUCCCCAAGAUGGUUGGGCUUCCUGGAGCCUUUGACAUGAUGCUGACUGGAAGGAAUAUCAGAGCCGAUAAGGCCAAGAAGAUGGGCCUGGUGCACCACCUGGUCGACCCACUGGGCCCGGGCUUGAAGAGCCCAGAAGAGCGAACCAUUGACUACCUGGAGGAGGUGGCUGUGGGUCUGGCCAAAGGUCUCGCCAACAAGAAGGUGUCUGUGAAGAAGCAGAAGGGCUUGAUGGAGAAGGUACAGGAUAUGGUGAUGGGCAUUCCUUUUGUCCGGAAGCAGAUCUACAAGACUGUCACCGGCAAAGUCAUGAAACAGUCUAAAGGUCUCUACCCUGCACCUCUCAAAAUCAUUGAGUGUGUACAAGCUGGAGUGGAGAAGGGUUCAACUACUGGCUACCAAACAGAGGCUCAGAACUUUGGUAAGCUGGCCAUGUCCAAUGAAUCCAAAGCUCUCAUUGGCCUGUACCACGGUCAGGUGUCUUGCAAGAAGAACCACUUUGGCAAGCCACAGAAGGAGGUCAAGAACGUAGCGAUCCUGGGGGCGGGACUGAUGGGGGCGGGUAUUGCCCAGGUAACGGUGGAUAAAGGCAUCAACACCAUCCUGAAGGAUACGGCAGUGGAAGGACUGGCCAGAGGACAACAGCAGGUUUACAAAGGGCUGAAUGACAAGACCAAGAAGAAGAACAUCACGUCGUUCCAGAGGGACACCACCAUGUCCUUCCUCACGGGUCAGCUGGACUACAGCGGCUUCGACAAGGUCGACAUGGUGAUCGAGGCCGUGUUUGAGGACCUGUCCAUCAAACACAGAGUGAUCAAGGAGGUCGAGGCGGUUAUUCCUCCCCAUUGCAUCUUUGCCAGCAAUACCUCUGCUCUGCCCAUCAAAGACAUUGCCGUUGCCAGCAAACGACCAGAAAAUGUGAUCGGCAUGCACUACUUCUCUCCAGUAGAUAAGAUGCAGCUGCUGGAGAUCAUCACCACAGACAAGACGUCCAAAGACGCAACAGCCGCCGCCGUUGCUGUCGGCCUCAAACAGGGCAAAGUCAUCAUUGUAGUGGGGGAUGGUCCAGGUUUUUACACAACACGCUGUUUGGCUCCCAUGUUGGCAGAGGCUGUCCGAGCAUUACAGGAAGGGGUUGGGCCUAAGAAGCUUGAUGCGCUGACGACGGGCUUUGGGUUCCCCGUUGGCGCAGCGACCCUGUCAGAUGAGGUGGGCAUUGACGUGGCGGCGCAUGUGGCCGAGGACUUGGGCAAAGCCUUCGGCGCACGAUUCGGUGGUGGCAACGUCGAGGUGCUCAAGACCAUGGUACAGAAAGGCUACAAAGGCCGUAAGUCUGGGAAGGGCUGUUACGUGUACGAAAAAGGCUCCAAGGGCAAACAGGUGAACUCAGGAGCCGAGGAGAUUAUCAAGAGCUUCACGAUCGCUGCCCCACCUGCUGUCUCUAGUGAUGAGGACGUGCAGUUCCGACUGGUGUCCAGGUUCGUGAAUGAGGCAGUGCUUUGCCUGGAGGAGGGAAUUCUGCCUGACCCCGUGCAGGGAGACAUUGGAGCUGUGUUUGGCCUGGGCUUCCCCCCCUGCCUUGGAGGUCCCUUCCGGUUCGUUGACUCCUUUGGAGCCGAUAAGCUCGUGCAGAAGAUGCGCCGCUACGAGGAGGUCUACGGCAUCCAGUUCACCCCCUGCCAGAUGCUUCUGGACCACGCCAAAGACGCCAGCAAGCGCUUCCACAAGUGACCUCCCCCGACCCCCUCCUAACCUCUGACCCCCAGCGGGGGUCAUGCAAGCACUAGCCCUGCCUUUUGAAGGAGCCACCUCCCCCCACCUCUGCUUAUCCAGUGCCUUAUCAUCUGGUGGAGUGACAGGGGAGUCUGGACUUGUUGCAUUUUUUUCAACAGGGAAUUGGAUAAUUUUUAUGUGUAUGUGUAUUUGUGAUUUUUAUUUUUGUUUGUUUUUCUUCAUUAGGUUUUUUUUUGUAUAUUUUAUGUCUGCAUGUGGUUCAGAUGCAGUGUGUAAAUGUAGUCUCUUUUUUUUUUCCGCCAUCGCAAACGUUCCCAGGAUUCUUCAUGCUCUUGAGGGUAUUUCCCACGUCCACUUCUCUUGAAAUAAACCACCUACAGCCAUA